CCUCUCCCUCUCCCUCGACGAGCUCCAGGCCAUGGCGACCAUCCGCGUCGACUCUCUUCUGGAGUUGGAGACGAUAGCGAAGAAGCUGUUCGGCGCGCGUCGUAUUCAGUUGCCUAUGCUCACUAGGCUGCGUGACGCACCAGAUGCUCUUGCAAUCGUCGAGGCGCUCUGCUCUGAUUACGCCUGGGAAGUCGUGGGGGGCACAGGCCGUCUCUCCGCCGCCGCCAAGGUGGAAGAGGAGCUCAACCUCAUAGGAGAGGUAACCAUUCCUCGCCUGGAGAUUGACAUCACCACUGAAGGUCAGGGUUCCAAGGCAGAUCCAAAGAGUGUUGGUGAGCAGCAUGAGGCUAUGCGUCGUAUUGUCCACCAAGUGAGCAAGCUCAAGGAGAUGUCCGGGGAAGUCAGUAAUCCGCUAGUGUCGUCAGUGGAGAAGCUUGUCACCACCGUCACUGACGUCCUGGUUGACCUUCCCAUUACAGAGGACCAGCUGGACAUGAUGAAGAAGGAGGUUGAGAAUAUCCGGGACUCCACAGUUCACCUGGAGGAUGAGGAGGAAAAAGAACCAGAGAUGCUGCAGGAGAGCGAGGAAUCAGAGCAGCAGCAGCAGCAGCAGCAGCUUUGGGCUGACCAAGCGGCACAAGAGCAGGAAGGGGCUGAUCAAGCUGAAGAGAGUACAGGUUCCUGCACCCCCAUCUGAGUGAGGGCUCCGAAUGAAUCCUGUUGUUAUAACUAGAGUGUGUAACUGAACUGCUCGAGUGAACAGAAAGUAGUUUGCUUCAUUCAUCAAGGUCCUGUAGUCUGUACUGUGACUUACUUAUCCUUGGAACUGUGAUGCUUCAUUUCGCCACUUGUUGUUGUUUAUUGCUUCACCGCUAUUGCUUAUCAUAUGGAUGCUCGAGUGAACAGAAAGUAGUUUGCUUCAUUCAUCAAGGUCCUGUAGUCUGUACUGUGACUUACUUAUCCUUGAAACCGUGAUGCCUCAUUUCGCCA